UCCCCUCUAAAGCAUGCGCAGUUCCAUCCCACCCACUCCACUGAGACUGCCCUACUAAACCUCACUAAUGAUCUACUAACUGCUAAAAACCCCAAUGGCCACUACUCCAUACUCAUCCCAACCAAUGGCCACUACUCCGUACUCAAUUCCCAACCAAUGGCCAAUACUCCGUACUCAUCCCAACCAAUGGCCACUACGCCGUACUCAUCCCAACCAAUGGCCUACUCUCCGUACUCAUCCCAAGCAAUGGCCCACUACUCCGUACUCAUCCCAAGCAAUGGCCACUACUCCGUACUCAUCCCAACCAAAUGGCCCGCUACUCCGUACUCA